UGAGACAUUCCCUAUUUGUAACUAACUUUUAAACUUUUAAAUGCCUCUUAUUAUCACACUACCUACUACAUAGACUAUGUACCUAGGCAAUUAUUCAUCUGAUCUCACCGCCAAGAAGUCGAGGCCAUCAGAUCUGAUUUAAGUCAGAUGGCCAGAUUUGAAGCCACAGCAUCAAUCACGCAUGAGGCUGAGGCACGUACCUUUUUGUUUACAUUCAUUCAUUCAGUCAAUCAAUCUAUCAGUCUUUAUGAUUUAUGCCAGAUAGAAAUUUAUAACAUCUAGUUUUGAGUUGAUUGGAUAAUUAAUCAAGUUGUACUCUCUUGUAAUAACCACUUAAUUACACAAAUCUGCUUUUACCUUUUAUUAGUCUUUGCCAUGCCUGAGAUUGCCGAAGUCGCUCGCGUCGUCCAUUUCCUCCGUUUGCAUUUAACUGGCAAGACCAUCAGCAAGGUGAUAGCUCCAGACGAUAGCAAUGUAUUUGGGAAAGUUGGGACGAGCGGCCCGGCGUUUGAAAGGGCUCUCACGGGGAAGAAGGUGGUAGAAGUCGGCAGUCAGGGGAAAUAUUUCUGGAUGGUACUGUCUAAACCGCCACAUCCGGUCAUGCAUCUAGGAAUGUCCGGCUGGGUUCAGAUUAAGGGCAUACAAACGGGAUAUACACGGUACAUCGAGAGGACCAAAAACGACAAAGAGCAAUGGCCCCCUAAGUACUGGAAGUUCCAGCUUGAGACGGACAGCAAUCCCAAAGUAGAAGUUGCCUUCACCGACUUCCGCCGUUUCGGCCGCAUCCGUCUCGUACAUUGUCCCGGAGACGAAAUCAGAAAGCAUUCGCCUCUGGUUGAGAACGGGCCAGAUCCGGUCCUCGACAAAGACGUGUUUACCGAGGACUUCUUGCGGCAGAAGAUGAAGCGCAGACACGUCCCUAUCAAAGCCUUGCUGCUAGACCAAGCCACGGUCAGCGGGAUUGGUAACUGGGUCGGUGAUGAAAUCAUGUACCAAGCGAAGCUCCACCCGGAGCAGUACUGCGACGACUUCGACGACGCGGACGUAAGCACAUUAUACAAGGCCAUCAAGUACGUGUGCGAGACCGCGGUGGAGAAACUAGGCGACUCGGACGAGUUCCCGGAAGAUUGGCUGUUUAAGCACCGCUGGGGCAAGGGGAAGAAAGACUCGGCGACUACGCUGCCGAACGGCGACGCGAUUACGCAUAUCACGGUCGGCGGACGGACAACGUGCGUGGUUCCCAGCGUGCAGAAGAAGAGGGCGCGCGCUACUACUACUAUCUACGACGUCAAGGAAGAAUCCGUAGAGGUGGAAGUGGAUGAUGAUGGGACAGAAAGCCGUUUCUUCAAGGAUAAGGGUAAGGGUAAAGCCAAGAAGCAAGUGAAGAGAGGUAAAUUAGAGGUAGAGAUAAAGGAAGAGGAUCGCCCAAGCAAGAAGGUUAGGACUACGAAGGCGAAGUUGGUUACGCGGGUUAAGAAAGAGGAAAAGGAAGAGGGAGACGAAGAAGAAAAGGAGGACGAAGAAAAACCAGCCCCGAAGGCGUCCCGGAAGUCGAGUAAGCACAAGAGGGAAGAAACAAAACCAGUCAAAUCCGAGCCCGAGCUUGGGAGAAGGCGAUCAAGUAGACUCAGCCGUGUAGCAGCUUAGCCACAAAGCCAGGAGGCAAGUGUUAUUUUUAUCGUGUAGUUAUAAUACAUAACCGGUACGAUUAUACGGGAUAGACACUUGUAGCCCCUCUACAGGUAGAAGAUAUAUGAUCGUGAGCAUCAAUACACGAAACAUAUUCUGAAGAUAUAAUAAUUAAAUAUAGUUAACUUAGGUGGGUAUUAACAGUAACAU